UUCAAGACUUUCAAUACAUCCGAUUGCCACUUUUAUACUCAAGAACCCUGAUUGAGAUCAUCUUCUCUCCGAUACAUCGACUUACAAGCUGAAAGGCAGAUAUGGUUCACCUCAAGCCUGUUGAUGGGACAGGCAUCUACCUCUGGAAAUACCUACCUUCGUUACCUCUUGCCAGCAUAUUCCUCGGACUCUUCACAAUCAUGACGAGCCUACUCUGCUGGCGCAUGAUCAAAACACGGCUAUGGUUCUCUGCGGUCUUUGCUGCUGGUGGAUUGUGUCAAAUCAUCGGCUACACCGCCCGAAUCUUUUCUUACUGGCAUACCGACCAGAUUGGGCCUUACAUUGUCCAGAGCAUGUUCAUCCUCCUCGCACCUGUAUUGUACGCAGCCUCCAUAUACAUGGUUCUUGGACGGCUCACCCGCAGCGUACAUGGGGAGCGGUUCUCCGUCGUGCAUCCCAGGUGGAUAACAAGGCUAUUUGUCUUGGGGGACUUCCUGGCCCUAAACGUGCAGGGCAAUGGGGCUGGGUUGAUGGCGAAGCAGAAAACACAGAAGAUUGGACAAGGCAUCGUCGUCGCGGGCUUGUUCGUCCAGCUGAUGAUCUUUGGAUUCUUCAUCGUUGUGGCAGCAGUCUUCCACGUCAGGAUGCGGAGAUCUCGUGCCAAAGAGCCACGGUCGAGCACAGAUAUUCCGUGGAGACAAGGGUUGGCCAUGCUCUACGCCUGCAGCGGGCUGAUCAUCGUGAGAUCGAUCUUCCGUGUCGUGGAGUAUAUCAUGGGCACGGACGGGUACCCCUUGACGCACGAGUGGACAAUAUACGUCUUCGACGCAGCACCCAUGUGGACUGUACAGGUAAUCUUCUUUUUGUGGUUCCCAGACAAAUUGAACAAAGCAAGUGAGGGUGGUGAGGAUGGUCAGAUGCUCGUGGGGGAAGUGAGUCGCCGAUGAGAAAACCCUACUGGCGAAAGGGUUUUCAACAAGACCAUUGCAACGACCAUUCAAUACCUAGGAUAAAUGUAUUUCAUUCGACCUACCCAGGGUGAAUGUAUAUUUGUCAUUGGCAGCAGGGACACUACAUCGGUACGCCACUUGCGGCAUGGCGUUGACUGGAGUCUGGUGCAGGAUAUCUCGGGUUGUGAAAACAAUACAGUGAUCAGU